CACACACACAAACAUUUUCCACAUAUCAUGGCCAUCUUGCAUAAAAACUUAGAUCUUAGCAACUUAAGAAUUAGGCAAGAAUCAGUUCAAUUAGCUAAGGGUUGAUGAUGAGGGUUUCUGUUAGCUCAGGCAUGAGAAUAUGCAUUACAAAUGCAGACUUUUUCUUUUGUUUUCUUUUCAGGGAUAUUUCGAGGUGUUUGUAAAGACAUUGAUCACUUUCCUGAUGACGCAGACUACGAGCAGGAUGCUGCAGAGUAUUUACUAAGGGCAGUUCGAGCCUCCAGCCUCUUCCCAAUACUCAGCGUGGGCCUUCUUUUUCUUGGGGGUUUGUGUGUAGCUGCCAGUGAGUUCUACAAGUCUCACUACAAUGUCAUUCUCACAGCUGGUAUUCUCUUUGUCUCUGCAGGUCUCAGUAACAUCAUUGGCAUCAUUGUGUACAUAUCAGCCAACUCUGGGGACCCCAGUCAGAGUGACAACAAGAAGAGCUAUUCCUAUGGUUGGUCGUUUUAUUUUGGAGCUCUGUCUUUUGUGCUGGCCGAGAUGGUGGGUGUCCUGGCAGUACAUGUGUUUAUAGAAAAGCACAGGCAGCUUCGCACCAAAGGCCAGCCCUCGCUCAUGAAGCCUCCAGUCUCCCGAAACUCAUCAUCAUACCGCAACCGCUACUACAGUCGCAGCAGACGCUACAGCUACCGCAGCAAUCAAAGCACAGCAGACUCGACCUGCCAUGGUUACCAAACAUCACUAGUACAUGACCAGGAGCCAAGCAUCUCAGCUGAAUCUAAAGUCACCAUGGUGGCUGGUCUGCCUAUGCCAAUGACGAUGGGCUCAGAGUUUAUGCUGUAUGCUUUAGCUUCACCGCUAAAGCAGAGUAAGAUUGACUUGGGGGUGGAGGACUUGACAACUGCAGCCCCUCACAACAUAGACAUGCUGCCGGGAAACUGUGUGUCCAAUCGAAGAACCACUCCUGUCUGAGCAACACAGGGUUGAUAAUGGGCAAAAGACAGUCAUCUCUUGGACCUCUCGACACGAGCAGAGUGCAGACUUUUUUGUUGAUCAAAUAUUUACUUCAGAUGCAGACUGGAUAAUUUUUUCUUUGAUUUAUAACAGUAAAGCAGUCAGGAAGAGCACAGUUUAAUAUCCAUUCAUUUUGCAGUAGCUUGUGUUGCUAAGGUACAUCAGCUGACACCAGAAAUGUACAUGUACUGGGUAGGAGAGUACAACCAUGUUUCUCACUUUCUGACAUUUAACUGGACAAAAAUAUUCCUGAUUUUGGUUAUUUAUGAUUGCCAAAUCAUUUCUUUUUGCUUAAUAUUAGAAUAAUGAGAUAUUCUUGCUUUCUGUAAAUUCAGAAGUUUUGUUAUUAAGCUAUUUAGAAAAGCCCAGAUGAUGAUGACAUAACUUUGUAAGCUCUUCUAUGUUAAUUCACAACAUUUGUGUUAAAUGAAGAUACAACUAUGAGUGUUGUAUUUUAAGGACAACACUCAAACCCACUGCUUCCUUGUGUGGCACCAUGGGAAAAAUAUAAAAAUCAGCGAAGAUAUCAGGAAGUGUGGUUCGUUCUCGGGUUCAGUGAAAGAACUCCAUUUUUCUCUUCAAACAUUUACAUGCAAGUGUUAUGGAUAUAUGAUUGUUUUCCUCUGUCUCUUUUAUCUGCACACACCCACACCCACACAUACACACAAUGCUGCAUGCUUUCAAAAAUAUAACAUAUUAGAAUGGAGAUAGUCACACAUAAACAAAAAGUUAGGGUGCAGAAUGAUAAGAUUAAAGAAGACUCGCGCUACACUUUGUUUCAGUUGGAGUCACCCCUAAAGUUAGCUGAGUGGAGCCCAGCCCUGGAUGGUGAAUGUAUCUCUGUAUUUGUAACAUUUGUAUGACAUGUAACAUUUGAUCAUUUUCAGCAUUAAAGCCUGUUUUAUACUUAAACAAUUCUUAUUAUUCCUCAAGAUAAUUCUGAAUUGGUAAAUAGACCUGAGUGUUGCAAGGAAGGGAAAAGGGU